AUGGCGGAGGCAAAGGAGCUGCAAAUGCUCAUUCGUUGGGUCAGUUGCAUUCCCUCGUUCUUCACGGACGACCUGUACGCCAAAGUCCGCCGCGAUGCCAGCAACGACCGCACCAAGAUGAUGAAUGUGCAAAAAGCGUCGCACACGCUGGCGGCGUUCCUUGCCGCCAAAUUCAAGGUUCCCGAACACGAAGUCCCAACACCCAACGAAGAAGCAGUGGUUGAAGGCGAUGCGCAUGAACUGACCGUUCUGCUCCGCCUUCUCGUCACGUGCGCCGUUAACUCGAGUAAGCGGGAGACGUAUGUGCAGCGCAUCUUGGCCGACAACGAUCUUGCGCAACACCUCAUGUCAAGCAUCCAGGCCAUUCAGGCACACCUCCAACAGGCUGCUGAGGAGGUCACGCGCGUGCGUGCAGGCAGCGAGGGCGACGAUCCUGUCAUCGCUCGCUUGCAGAAGGACUUGGACGAGACGCGUCAUAGAUUGCGUCAUCUCGAGAUUGAACACGACGCCGUUGUUGACGACAACAGAGAGCUGGAGCGGGAGCUUGGAGAGACGAAGGCCGCGCUGGCAGCUGCUGAAGCGAGCGGGAGCGGGUCGAGCGAGGAGGACCAGCAGCGCAUUCACGAUCUCACCACCGCACUCGCAGAGAUGGAGGAUGCACUCAAGGCCGAACAGCAGGACCACGAGGCGACGAAGAAGGAUUGCCAACGCGCACUCGCAGAGAUGAACAGGCAGCUCGACCGCGCCAUGGCGGAGUCUGCCGAGCACCAGAAACAGCUUGAUGAAAUGCAGGAGCUGCGUCAACAGGCCGAUCAGGUGCCUGCCCUUGAAUCGCGCCUCGCCACGCUCAAAACACAAUUGGAGGAGGCUGUGGAACUGAAACGCCAGGCCAUGUCCGCCCAGGAACAAAACGCCGAAAACAUCAAACGCAUUGUUGAACUUGAAACAAAGGAGAAACGCGUGGAUGAAUUGCAAGAGGAGCUCGCCGAAACAUCAAAGAAGUUGGCAGCGCUUGAGGAGGAACUGCUCGAUGAGCAGAAGAGGAGCGAUCGUCUGCAGCACGAGGCCGACACGCAGCGCGACACGUGCGCACGCCUCAAGGAAGACAAGACGCGACUGCUUCGGGAGAAGGGCGCGCUGGAACAGCAGCUGGAGCUCUCGUCCGCAGGCGACAUCAGCGCUGCUGGCCUCGGCGGCGGCGUCGACCUUGAGCGACUGAUCCGACUGGAGCACGAGAACGCGACGCUCAAGGCGCAGGUGGAGGGCGGCGAUGUUGACCAGAAGGUGGCGAAGAUCAAGGCCAUGGCAGACGCCGCGCAGAAGGGAAAACAGGAACUGCAGAAGCAAAACAGGGAACUCUCGCUGACGAUUGCAAAGCUGGAGACCGAAGUGAAGUCUCUCAAGGAGGGCGAUGGUGUUCAGACCACUAGCGGUGUCGCCAUUGAGAAAUUGGCCGUCUGUGAGCGAAAACUUGACGCUGCCAACAAAGAGCUCGCAACGAAAUCGGAAAUGUGCGACAAGUUGAAAUCGCAGCUGUCGGCGUCUCAAGAAAAGUUGCUGGAAGCACAGAAGAAACUUAGCCUGGUCGGGCUUGACCAGAAAGAGGUUGUUGAGAAGGCGCGAGAUGCAGCGAUGAAGGAUGUGCAGGACAAACUCAACACGCUGGAGAAGGUGUCCAACGAGCUGGCACAACUCAAAGAGAGGCACGCUGCCCUGAUGGAGGAGAAGAAUCAGCUUGCGCGUGAGAACGCAGACCAGAUGAAGAAGAUCACAACCAUCCUCACACAGAAGGAUGAGCUCAACAGCAAGAUCCUGGCACUGAAGGAGAGUGGUGCCGGUGGCGGUGGCAGCAGUGACGAGCUGCAACGUGUCAAAGAGCAACUGCGCCAGGCGCGUGUGGACUACAAGCGGCUGGAGAAUGAGAAGAUUGCGGCUGCAGCUGCAACCUCUGGCGAUGGCAGUGGGGAGGGUGGAAAAUACAUCCAAAUGCUUCAGCAGAAGAUUCAAGAUCUUGAGGCAGAAAUCGCCACAAAGACGAGCGAGCUCGAUCGACAGCGCGCGCGAUUUGAACGCGAACAGCGGCUGAUGACGUCAGCAUGGAUUUCGCUGUCCGUUGAGCAGCAAAAGUUGAGUGUGCGGGAGCGGGAGCGGAACAACGCAGCACCGCGCGGCCAAUCCUUCCUUGAAGUGCAACGACGGAAAGCAAUGGAGCGCAAGGCUGUCUCCCACGCAUCGUGAACCGCCAUGCAUUCGCCUUCUGUGUCUGUGUGUGUGUGUGUGUGUCUGUCUCUGUUGUUAGGGCUGCUGUUCCCCACGUGUUUCAUGUCUCAAACACUCAAGUCGGAAUUGAUGCUUAGUGGUUCAAAGGUUGUCAUGUUUGUGCAAAUGCGUUCUAUGUGAAGCAUUUCUUUCAAGUCAUACACUCCUUUCUCAGUCCCCUCGAAACACAGACAGACACACACACACACACACACACACAC